UGUAGCGGCCGGGAGUAGGCGUUCCAGUCGAGUGUAACAAACAGCGGAGACGGAGCAGCACGCCGCGCCGGAUCCACACGCACAUUCUCUCUCUAUCACACACACACACACACACACGCGCACACACAGACGCGCGCGCGCACACAUUCACUGACUCACGCGCGCGCGCACACACACUCACACACACACACACACUCACACACACACACACACCAGACCGUAGUGUGUUUUUGUUGUGCAGCGAGAAGCGGACGAGUCGCGCCGACAGGGGGCUAGUGGGGGGGGGGGGGACAGAAGUGAGCGAUCUGCGGCCGGGGGAGGCUUUGAGGAAACGACCAAGCGAGGCAUCAUGUGAGAGAACUUAACGUGGGAAAAACGGACAAAAGGGCUGGAAUACGAGCGGAGCGGAGAGUAAAAGGGCGUGAGCGGAAUGUCCGUGGAUGUGAAGCCUGAAGCCCCCAUGUAUGUGUAUGAGUCGACGGUUCAUUGUACCAAUAUCCUCCUCUGCCUCAACGACCAGCGGAAGCAGGACAUCCUGUGCGAUGUGACCGUCCUGGUGGAGGGCAAGGAGUUCCGCGGGCACCGGGCGGUGCUGGCCGCCUGCAGCGAGUAUUUCCUCCAGGCGCUGGUGGGCCAGGCGGAGAAUGGCUUGGUCGUCAGCCUCCCUGAAGAGGUCACUGCCAGGGGAUUUGCCCCAUUGUUGCAGUUUGCCUACACUGCUAAGCUGUUACUCAGCAGAGAAAACAUCCAGGAGGUCAUCCGCUGUGCCGAAUUCCUGCGCAUGCACAACCUCGAGGACUCAUGCUUUCGCUUCCUGGAAGCCCAGCUGCGCAGCGAGGAUGAUGGCCUGCUGCCCUACAACAAGGUGGCUGCGGAGGCGACCAACUCAGAGGAUGAGAGCAUGCAGUCUGAGGCGGAAAGGCCCGCCUCUCCCAGGGCACGGCGACGCCCUGACAAUGAUCGGCUAGCAAUCGCUGUGCCAGGUAACUUCGCGGAUGGCCGGCUGGACUUCGAUAGGCAUGGAGUGUCAGACCUGCCACGAUGCCCCAAGUACAGGAAAUACCAAUGGGCUUGCAACAAGCACAAUAAUGACACCUCCUCACACACCAGUACCUCAGGUUUUCCAAGCACAUUAAAGGAGAGCAGCGUUGGCGGGGCAGUGCCAGGUCAGGGCAGGCUGCCUUUGGCACAGAUCAAAGUUGAGCCACAGGCAGAGGAAGAAGCCAUCUCAUUGUGCCUGUCAGGAGAUGAGCAGGAUGUCAGGGAUAAGGACAGUGUGAUAGCUAUGGAGAUGGAUAACCCAAUAUCCAUUGAAAGAACCAAGAGAACCAAGUCUCCUUCCUGCCUCCGAGCCCUCUUCAAGAAAGGGAUCGACCUCCCCAGCCUGCCCAACACAUCACAGCAGCUAUUUGCCAACAGACUUGUUUGCCCCCAGGACAAAGGAAACUCUCAGGGAGAUCAUAAAAAAGACUUCAGGCCUUUCACUGGGGAGCUAGGUCUGUCUCUUACAUCCCCAAAGGACAUUGAUGGUUUUCCUGCAGGGUUGUCCCUCAAGUCCGCUUCCUGUGAUGGGGUCUGCAAACAGGAAGCUGAACUAGAUCGUCGUAGUGUCAUAUUUUCCUCAGGGGCCUGCAAUCGUCUGGGAACCCCAGCGCAUUCCUACCCUGGUGGGAACUCUUUGGAGAUGGAGCUCUCUGAGCACAUGCCAAAGGGCCUGUGGGCUGGAGCCAGCCAGUCUCUCCCCACCACCCAGACCUAUUCUCCCAGCACCACCUCCACAGAACCUCCACUUCUAUGCCGCCCACGGCCCAACACCAGCUGCCCAGUGCCAAUCAAAGUAUACCCGCGUUCACCGCCAUGUGAGACACGCACCAGGACUUCCAGCUCCUGCUCCUCAUACUCCUAUGCGGAAGACGGCAGCGGAGGCUCUCCCUGUAGCCUGCCCCAAUUUGAAUUCUCCUCCUCGCCAUGCUCCAACGUGGCACGCUGCCUCAAUGUGGACCAGCAGGAGCAAAGUGUGGGAGGGGAUGCCCUUUUUAACCAAGGGCAGUCCAAGAUCAAAUGUGAGCAGUCCUACGGCACCAACUCUAGUGACGAGUCAGGGUCCUUCUCAGAGGGAGACAGUGUACAGGAGCGGGGGCCAGAGGUGAAGCUCCCCUUCCCCGUUGAUCAAAUCACAAAUCUUCCACGGAAUGAUUUCCAAAUGUUGGUGAAAAUGCACAAACUGACCUCGGAGCAGCUCGAGUUCAUCCAUGACGUGCGGCGGCGGAGCAAGAACCGCAUCGCGGCACAGCGCUGCCGCAAGAGGAAGCUCGACUGCAUUAUGAACCUGGAGUGCGAGAUCAGAAAGCUGGUGUGUGAGAAGGAGAAGUUGCUGACAGAGAGGAACCAGCUGAAAGCGUGCAUGGGUGAGCUCUGGGAGAACUUCUCCUGCCUGUCCCAGGAGGUGUGCCGGGACGUCCAGCUGAGCCCCGAGCAGGUCCAGUCUCUGCACCACUACUGCCCGGUGCUGCGGCCCGCCAACUCCACCGCCGGCAACAAUGCUGCGUGCGAGGCCGAGCCGGCCCGGAGCCCCGCCGCCGCCGCCGCCAACGCCACCAGCAUCGACCUCACGGUCCACUCGGGCUCGGCCACGCCGGAACCGAGCUCCCAGGGGUCGCCCGGACCCUCGGAGAGCGAGCCGGACGUGGCCGUCAGGAACGGGGCGGACGGAGAUAUGAACGGCCAAGACGCCGGCUUGUACACAAAGUCAGGGCUGCCCAGUGAAAAAUCCAGCCAGACGGUAACAGUUGAUUUUUGCCAGGAAAUGACUGAAAAAUGUACAACUGACGAGCAGCCGAGGAAGGACUGUGCUCAUUAGUGGUGGUCGUCUGUGUUGUAUUUGAUGUUUAUGGGUUUUUUAAAUUUUUUUAUUAUUAUUUAAUUUUAUCCUUCUGACAAACCCUCUGUCGGGGUUGUUGAGAUGUCGGCCUCUCCCAGUGUUCACUGAAAAACAAGCUUUUUAUGUAUUUAUGUCUUUUUGUGCUGUUUUUUUUUUGUCUUUUCUUUUCUUUUCUUUUUUUUUCUAGUUUUGAACGGUUGACACUAAAGUUGUCUUAACAGCAGCAAUACUGUUCUCCAGGUAUUUUUCUCCUUAUCACGACAGAGUGGGAACUCCUCACCAAACCUUUUACAACGGUGCUACAUUCGGCCCAACAGCAACCUCUGCAGUGGAGACUCUUGUGUUCUUCAUGUGUCGCUCAUCCCAGCUCACAGUUCAACCUCAUCGGACCUAAACAGCAGCUCCCUUCGCUCUCUGUGUACCAACGGCAUCUCUGCUUCUGCCUUUCUCUCUCACAUUUCCCCUUCUCUUUUUUUCCCACUCUGUCUUUUAUCAAUCUUCUCUACCUCCUCUCUGUCUCGCCCACUCUCUCUCUCUCUCUCUCUGUAAUUUCUUCUCUCACUGUAUCUUAGUGGCCCUUUUUGUCACAGCAAUUCAAACUCAGGAAUAGAAAAAAAAUCCUCUGAAUGUUCAACCUAAUUCAUGAAAAAUGAGAAUACAGUCUCUGUACACGAGGAAGUUACGAUGCAGUUAGACUGUAAAAUGUUCAUAUGCAAAAAAAAACAACAACAACAACAACAACAACAACAACAACAAAAAAACGUCUUCAAGAGUCUCACAUUUGUAUUUCUGUACAGAACUUUGUACAGGCUGCGACCGAAAACAUUCCUCCUUUGCCUUCCUCAGCACUGAAUUGAAAGGAAAAACGAAAAAGGUUUUUGCAGGUGGUUAAAUGACUUAUUUUUUAUUUCCCACUCAUCAGCAAUACCAUUGUAUUUGGGUGUUGUAACAGUGACUGACUUUCAAGUGCUUGUUUGGCAGAAAUGUAUAUAGUCUGGAGCAUGACGACUGUAACAGUGAUUUUGUACAGGUAGAGGCUUAGAUGUUUCUUUUUCACCGGGGUUAUAUCAAGCACCUUUUUGCUAAGGGAAGGUCUUUGCUUUGCUGUUUCCUGUCCUGCCUAAUGAAUAUUCCCCGUCGUGGUGGGUGUUCUUAUACUCAGGAAAUCAGCUUGAUACACAUGUAGACACUCACACAACAGCACAUACAGACACAAUGCGACGACACACGUGUAGAAAUUCUUUCGCCCCAUGCAUGUAUAAAAGUUAGACAUUCGAGGUGUCAGUUGUAAUGCGCGGCUCAGGCCAGCUCCGCGCCACCUUUGACUCCUCUUUAAAUGUGAAAAAAACAAAAAAACAGAGUUUCGCCUUGUGUUUUUUGGAGUAAAUCUUAUUUCUUAUCAGUAUUUAGAGAUGCUAUUUGUGUACACUCUCGCAGACAAUGUGUUGGGUUUCUUCGGCGUUGCCGUUCGACAGCGGAAAAGUGCAGCCAGAUACUUUUUGUUUUUCUUUUUCUAAUUGAUCCUGAAUAAUAUUACCUCUUGACAAAAAUCUGUUAAAUUCGAAUUCAUUCAGGCACUUUGUUUCUGGCCAUGGGGCCAUUUAGCACUUCAACGAGGGUCUUUGUCUCAGAAAUGUCUGAGACUGGAGCACUUAAAUUGGCACUUCAAGAGGAAACAUCAUGUUGAUAUGAUUAUGUGAAUAUACAGUGAAAAGAAAAAUCUCUAUGAGGAAGGACGUAUCUGAAACUUAAAUUACAAGAGGAAUCUAAUGUUUUUUUUCGUGUGAGAGUGUUCACACCGUAUAUUUGUAUUUCUUUAGGACUCGAAUAAGCUAAUUCAGAGUUAAUUUGACGUGAAAGCAGUGUAUGUGUCGUCAGAAUGAUUAAGCAACAAUCAUAUAAGAUUAGUAACAUGUUUGCGCUCAUUGUGCAUUUCUUUGAACAUCGACUUUGUGAUGUGCGUGCAUGCUCGCCUAUAGCUGUAAGCCUAGUUAGUUUGUCCAGAUUCUGUUGGCCUCGCAAGUUCCCUCUGGAGCGGUCUGCUUUUUAAGAUUAUAUAUAUAUAUAUAUAUAUAUAUAUAUAUAUAUAUAUAUAUAUAAACAAGCUGAAAUAUCUCAACUCUCACUGGAGGCUCUGGCUUUCAAGUACAAGCAGGGCCACGCUCUCGUACAAAGGUGGAGUUUAAUUGGAAUAUGAAGGUUUGUUCAUUGCUCCCUAAAGCCCCAAUCCAAAAUGGCGCUCCCGUUAGCUUCAUUUCAAAUCUUGUGCUAGUGUCACCUCUGGGCUAGCCACCAUUCGAACCCUUUUUGUGAUUUUAACAAUUUUGAUCAUGCGGGAAAAAAAGACACAGACUAUGACGCCUGUAAUUCGAAACACUCCAACAAAUGGAUCCAACGUGUGUAAAUGUUGUUAGCUAAAAAUGGCGACCUGCAACUUAACCCAGCUAAACCGUGUGUUGUGCGCUUCAUGCAACGACUUUGAUAAACACCAUUUACUUCGCUAAAAUCAAAAAAGGGUCUUUAUUCUAAUUGAAAUAGAAUUCGAUUGUCUAAUACUGUAUUCUGAGAUAAAAUAAUCAUUACUAUUUUAUCUUAGCGUAUGGAUAGAAAGCACCAUAUGCUAUUUAUAGCAGGUAAAAUGUGAGUGCUACGGAGCUAACAAUUAGCCGCACCCUCUUUGAACUACAGAAAAAAUUGAUUUGACUUCUGAAGAAUCGACGUGAACGUUUUGUUGCCAAAUAUAUUUUGGACUGUGGCUUUAACGUUUGGAUCAAAUAAGUUUUAUGUUUUACCCCAGAUUUUUACUGCUGUAAAUGUUAAUGUUAGACUGUAAAGCGUUGGCCGAGAAUAUGAUCUCACCCGUGAGACUGUUCUUGUACAGCCGGACAGAGUAACUCUAAGUGUAUUUUGUGAACCCGUCUCUCAAAAUUGUUAAAGGACUGGUUUCUAUUUUGUAACGUACAUAGUCCCGCACACGCACGAACACAUGCACACACAGUACACACAUAUUCAUAUGAUACACACACACACAGUACAUGCGUGACGGCACAGUCUGGGUACGGAGCAAUUGUGAUUCUUCGUCGACUGGUGUGGUUUGUUCAGCCCUUUUAUGUUUUAUUUUUGAACUGUUUUACUGCUUUUCUUUUCAUUCUUGUUCUCGUAACUGAAGCCGAACAGUAUGUACCCAUCUGGACGUUCCACCGGGUUAAAGCCAGAAAAGUUGAAGUGGAGGGAUUUUUGUUACAGAAGCUUCUUCUCUGCAAACAUUCUCUAUUUUUGUGUGCUUCUUCUUUUUUCUUUUUUUCUGCCUGGAGAAAAAUGAAUUCAUGGAGUUUGUGACGUAAAAUAUUGUAACAAAUUCACCACAAUGAAGACUUCUGGUUAAGUUCAACGUGACAAACCCCCUUCGAAUGGGGAACCAACAGACACCUCCGAAUCACACUCUCCUAGCAGAAAAGCUCGCACCAUGACCUCUGAGCUCUUUGAGUGUUGCUGCAUGCUCCGAUACUGUUUCGUGAACCUGCAAUACUCCGUCCAUCCUCAGCUGCAAUGGUGGGCUGAGUCAAUGUCAGCAAUGUCACCAUCUGCAUUGUUCUUGUCUGGUUUUACACCCUGGAGACUGGGGAUGUCUGUCUCUCGAGAUUUUUUCCGCCACUCUAAUACGAAUGCAAACCAGGAAUUUCAAUUUGUGGUGCCACCGAAAGAUUACGUUCAUGUUAAAUAAAAAAGUAUCUCCUCUGGAUACUCCCGUAGCCUUUGGUAGUGGCGGUAGAAACUCAAACAAAACCGAAACUUCCAGUCACCUCCAUUGUAUUGUGGUGUUGGCAGAAAUCUCAAACUCUGGCAAAUGGCAGCAAAACUAAGGGCAAUAAGUGGGAAAAUGGCUGUAACCACAACAUUGGCAUGCUAUCUAUCACCCCGUUAGUUGAUAUGAGGUGAUGAUAGUAAUGUUAGCAAUUCACAUUAGCUAAUUUACACAUCCAGCUGGACCAGUCAUGUUUGUGUCCACUAGAUGAUUGUAAGUCUUUUAGUCUCUCUCCUUUGAGCUCAGUUUUGGUUUCCACCAGCUCCUGAGAAUGUGGCUCUUGAAUUUCCAAAUGUGCUGCUAUGUUCACCAGCUAGAAGGUAACAUUCUCACAUUGCAUUGUUUACAGACAUAAAUUGAUUAGUGCAACUUUGAAAUGAUGCAACAGAAUGAAUUCCAAGUUUGGAAAACACCUCAAUUUAUUAAAUACAUUUGAUACUUAGAUAUGAGGAAUCCUCCAGGUUACUUUGUGCAGGCCAGACAUUCUUUUCGUUCAUAGCCAUUACAACAGAUUGAUUCAAGUGGACAAUUUUGCUGUUGCAAUAACUCUGUAAUUUAAUGCUCUUAACUUUUUGCUGUGUAUUUGUCUUUUUCGUUAAACUUUGUUGUUGUUGUUUUUUUGUUGCUGCUUCUCUGAAACAAACACUGGCUUUUCAACUCCAAAGGUUGUUCUAUAAAAGAAUAUGAACAAAAUCAUGCCUUUCUCACAGACUGCUCGACUUUACUGAGAAAAGAAAUCUGGUACCCUGGUUGAAUGCGCAGGCUGAGCUCAUUGAAGAUAAAAUAUGAAAAUGGAAUAUGUUUACAAAUAGGUGUCAUGUCAUGUAUGAUCAAUUUUUGCCAUGUAAAAAUCACUUGGUUCAAUUCAACUGGUUCUUGGUGUUGUGUAAAGAGACAAAGAAUGAGUUUCCUCACCUUGUCUUUCAUCCAACUUUUGGGAUGGGUUAGCAUUACAUGAAUACAAGUGCACCUCCGAUAUUUGCCUUAGAACGUGCAGAGGCCAUAGUUCACAUUCAUGUGAAGUGAGUGUAUGCAGGGGCCUGGGCCCCCAUCCCUGAGUCACCAGUGCGGACUUUCUCACACUUAUCUACCUGUGAAAUCCUUCAUACCUCUCAUAACUGGUCAAUGACUGUAUCAGCAAACUGCAUCAGGUGUUUUUUCUACAUGCUUUUUACACAGAUUAUAUGGAUUAUUGUAUUAGUCAAUUUUGGUGCAUCAUUUUUAAUGUAAUAGCUCUUAAGCUUGUAGUUCAAGUUGUUGUUUUUUUCUUUCAUUUUUCUAGAUGACUGUUUUGUGUUAAUAUUGUCAAUUCGAAAUAGCUGUUAUUUGCUUAUUCUCUACUAAGAGUUCUUACCUUUAUAAUUUUUAAAUGCUACAUGACCCUGAUUAAUUAAAAUGACUUAAUAACCAUUGUAAAUACGGUAUUGUGCAAACCCAGUUUUCAUUAAUUUCAAUUGCUAGUGUUAUCUAAACGACUUUUUUGUCUAGACACCAUUUCUCUUUAUGAAAUAAAGAAACAUGCAUAUCA